AUGACUGCCAUCUUCCUGAUGUCCAUGAUUUUUGGCCUUGCAUGUGGGCAAGCGACCUCUUUUUGUAUUCUGACUGAGUAUAUGAUACAUGUUGAAAGGAAGGAGUGUGAUUAUUGCCUAGCCAUCAACACCACCAUCUGUGCUGGAUAUUGUAUGACACGGGAUAUCAAUGGCAAGCUGUUUCUUCCCAAACAUGCUCUGUCCCAGGAUGUUUGCACGUAUAGAGACUUCACGUACAAGACCGCAGAAAUACCAGGGUGCCCGCACCACGUCAGUCCUCAUUUCUCCUACCCCGUGGCUGUCAGCUGUAAGUGCGGCAAGUGCGAUACCGACUACAGUGACUGCACCCACGAGGCCGUCAGGACGAACUACUGCACCAAACCUCAGCAGUCCUAUGUGGUGGGGUUUUCGGUCUGA